AUGUCGAGCAGUGAAUACAACGAGCAAGAAACAGCGCAAGAAAAUCUCGCUGAUGAAGUUUCCGAAGCCAAUAACCGUGAAAACGCGUUAACCGAAGAUGAUAUAUUUGAAGAAUUGGAAAAGGACGACGAUUUUGCAAUCGCUAGUUUUCGCGAACAAAGGAUGAAACAGUUGAAACGAGAAAUGACGGAACUUCAGGAAUUGCAUCAGAAGGGUCAUGGAUCUUACACUGAAAUUUCGAGCGAGAAAGAAGUAAUUGAGAUAACCACCAGCACCAAAUUAUGUGUUGUACAUUAUUUUCACAAAGAGUUUCGAAGAUGUCAAAUUAUGGAUAAACAUCUCACGACAAUCGCAAACCGACACUUCAAAACUAAAUUUGUAAAAAUCAAUGUCGAGAAUGCACCUUUCUUGGUAGAAAAAUUAGCAAUAAAAGUUUUACCGUGUGUGAUGUGUCUUGUCGAUGGAAUUGUCGUUGAUAGGAUCGUCGGUUUCGAAGAACUUGGGAAUACAGAUUCUUUUACAACAGAAGCUCUUGAAUUGCGUUUAUCUCGAAGUGGUGUCGUAUCACUGCCCGAGGAUCCAAAGAAACAAGAGCGCAAAACUAUAUUCGGAUUUUCCGAAGGAAAUGAAGACGACGAUGAUGAUUGGGACUAA